GAAGAAGAAGGAUCUCGCCACAGCGCGUACGCCCCGGUGCUGGUGAGUCUCCCUCCGCCGCGAACAGGGCGUCGAAGAUGCACGGCUACUACCUCGGCUACCUGCGCACCUCGGGCGGCCAGCUCAAGAUGUUCGAGGUGAUCGUGGGCCUGGUGCAGCUCUUCUACCUGAUGGCCGUCAACUACGACCGCAACCACGACUGGUACGUGCUGCGCAUGGACUUGCUCAUCAUGCUCAUGGGCACGUUCACCGUCGUCUUCGCCGCAUCGUUUCUCCUGCUCACCGUGCUGCUCGGCUCCACAGAGGUUCCCUUCUCGCUUCUCUACCGGCUGCUCUACCUGUCUCUGUGCGUGGUGAUGAUCCCAGCGACGGCUGUGUUCCUCAAGGAGACGCGCAUCCACUCCUCGACGCGGGAGUUAAUCGUGUCGGCCACGGUGUCCAUCUGCUUCUGCAUCGGCCUGCUGGGCAACUUUAUGCUCGCCUACAACCCGACCAUCUUCGAGACCAAGGUCACCCAGAAAGUUUCCAAGGAGAACAAACCGGACGACUCCCAUUGAAUGAUAGACGGUGCUACUCUAUUGUAUUCAUCACUACUCGCCCCCUUAAGGUUUUCUUGUUUUAAAUUUACAUCAAGUAUUACGACUCCAGUC